AUGGCGUCGCGUUCCGGAUUGCGUGUCCCCAGAACCGAUGGUUCGAAUUUUCGGCAUCUUGAAAGGGUAGCGCCCCAUUAUAACCAUGGACCGCUGCUCCAACGACGUUUUGUGUUCAUGCUUCAUCUCUACCUAGGGGUCCUUAUGUUUGUCCAUGUACUCCCAGAGUUAUGCUUGCGAUUCGGCCUCAAAACAAGACUUCUUGUCGAGAAGUGGCCAUUUCUUCAAUCAAAUUUCUGGGAGUGCGUCUGGUGUUUCGGUAGCCUUCUACCCACCGUGUUCGGUUAUUUAUCCUUGAACCGAAAUCGCACUGGACUGAUGCGCAUCUCGAUCACUGGGACCAUCGUGUUCGGUUUGGGUUCGCACGCCUACGAACUGAUGCAAUAUUAUCAGCCACGAGAACCACGCCAUCGGCUCUAUGUCUUCACGUUGAUCGUACUCCUGUAUAUUUUUUCUCCUUAUGCAUUCAUAUUCACGGGUUAA